AGAGAAGAGAACACAAGGGCUGUUGUCGCCUAUUGACUAUAUACAGUAACACAGACGGAAGUCGCCAAAUAGCAGCAGUGUGUUUCGUUUGUUAAAAAAAGAGAAACAUCCUUAGCCUAUAAAUUGGAAAAUCAAGACCAGGCGACAAAAUACGAAACAACAACAAUGGCUUCUUGGUAACUACGAGGAAAUAAAACUGAGAGCUUUCCCUUCUGCUCCCAACAAAAUCGUCAGGACAUAAAAAUAAAAAAAAAUAACACAUCAAUCAAGAGCUUUAAAGAACUGCUUAUUUCCCCUUUUCCCCCUCUGAGCUCCUCUGUUUUUGCUUAUCUAGUUGCGUUCUGCCAUCGACAUGUUUCUUGAUUAACCAGUUUUGUGUAUCAUCUAACAGAAGAGACACUUGAAAAAGUCAACAUGGGCAAUUGCUUUGGGUCUCCCUCUAGCUCCUCUUUCACCACCACCAAUCCUCUUACCCCAGGGUCAUCAAAUAACACCACUACCACCAUGAAUUUCUCAGCCUCAAGCAGCAGCAAUGCAGGUAAGAGUCAAUUCUCUGCUGCAGUAAGUGAAGUGAAUGAUAAGCCAAAUCCAAACGGCCAAAUUUUGGAAGCACCAAACUUGAAGGAGUUCACCUUUGCUGAUUUGAAGAGUGCUACAAAGAAUUUCAAGCCAGACACUUUGUUGGGUCAAGGUGGUUUUGGUAAAGUUUACAAAGGAUGGAUAGAUGAAAAGACUUUUGCACCCUCCAAAACUGGCAUUGGAAUGGUGGUUGCUAUCAAGAAAUUAAACUCAGAAAGUAUGCAAGGGCUUCAAGAGUGGCAGUCAGAGGUGAACUUUCUAGGAAGAUUGUCACAUCCCAACCUGGUUAGAUUGUUGGGAUAUUGCUUGGAAGAUACAGAGCUGCUCCUUGUGUAUGAGUUUAUGCCGAAGGGAAGCUUGGAGAAUCAUCUUUUCAGAAAGAAUCCUGCCAUUGAACCCUUGUCUUGGGACUUACGGCUCAAGAUAGCCAUCGGAGCAGCUCGGGGUCUUGCUUUUCUUCAUGCUUCAGAUAAGAAAGUCAUUUACAGAGAUUUCAAGGCCUCAAAUAUACUGCUUGAUGGAAAUUACAAUGCAAAAAUAUCAGAUUUUGGCUUGGCAAAACUGGGGCCUUCAGGUGGUGACUCACAUGUGACAACGAGGAUUAUGGGAACUUAUGGCUACGCUGCUCCCGAAUACAUCGCAACAGGUCAUUUAUAUGUUAAGAGUGAUGUGUAUGGUUUUGGAGUGGUGCUUCUUGAGAUGCUGACAGGCUUAAGGGCACUUGAUACAAGGCGUCCAAAUGGGCAGCAAAAUUUGGUAGAGUGGUUGAAGCCUAUUCUGUCACAGAAAAGAAAGUUAAAAACUGUUAUGGAUGUGAGAAUAGAAGGACAAUACUCUUCAAAGGCAAUGUUACAAGCAGCAGAACUUGCUUUAAAAUGCCUAGAAUCAGAUCCUAAAAGCCGUCCCUCAAUGGAAGAAGUUUUGGAGGCAUUAGAACAAAUAGAGGCAAUCAAAGAAAAACCCAAGGGGAAAAAAUAUAUUUCUGGCUCCUUGCGUUCUUCAACUUCACACCAACCAUCCCGUCAUCGUUCUCCACUCCCCUUGAGGCCGCAUGGCACCUAAUAUAAGCAGGAUGCCAUUGCAAGUGACAACAGAGAAGGUAAGCACAUGUUGGAUCCAACAUGUUCUGUGUUUUCACAAAAUCAUAUAUGCAGUUAUUUUUUAUUUGUUUGAACCUGUGAUCAAAUGAUCAUCAUUUUUCAGUGAUUUCUUUCAGUUUAUAGCAAAAUUUGUCAUAGGUAUGAUCAAGAGAUGAUUAGUGCUGUAAGUCAUCACAAGAAGCCAUACACGGUACCUCUUGAUAUAACAUGUAUCUUCAGCUGCUUAUAUGGUAGAUUAAAAACCUCUGAAAAAAAGAGCUUACUCAUGACUUCAGAUAAAUCAUGCAUGUCAAAUCUCAUUUUAACAUAUAAUCGAAAUAAAAUAAAAAUUCUUUUGACC